AUGGGCCGGACGGGAGGAGGAAGAGGGGAGGGGGGAAGAAGGAAGCAGCUUUGCAAACGAGUCUGCUCACGUCCUCCACCCGGCUCCGCACCGCACCCCGCUCCGCGCCCCGCUCCGCCGCGGCCAGCGUCAGGCCCAGGCAACCCUGCCCCCCGGACCCGGGGAGCCCGGACCCAGGUCCAGCCUGGAGACCCCCGUCCCUGGAUCCAGGGAGCUCAGAGCACCAGCCCCAGGUCCAGCCCAGAGACACCCGUUCCCCGGAUCCGGGGAGCCCAGAGCACCAGCCCCAGGUCCAGCCCAGAGACCCCGUUCCCCGGAUCCGGGGAGCUCAGAGCUCCAGCCCCAAAUCCAGCCCAGAGACCCCCGUCCCCCGGAUCCGGGAAGCUCAGAGUCCCAGGUCUAGUUCCAGCCCAGAGACCCCCGUCCCUGGAUCCGGGGAGCCCAGAGUUCCAGAUCCAACCCAGAGACCCCGUCCCCCGGAUCCGGGAAGUUCACAGCCCCAGCCCCAGGUCCAGCCCAGAGACCCCCAUCCCCCGGAUCCGGAAAGCUCAGAGUCCCAGGUCCAGCCCAGAGACCCCCGUCCCCCGGAUCCGGGGAGCCCAGAGCCUCAGGUCCAGGUCCAGCCCACAGACCCCCGUCCCCCGGAUCCGGGAAGUUCAGAGCUUCAGGUCCAGGUCCAGCCCACAGACCCCCGUUCCCCGAAUCCGGGGGGCUCAGAGCCCCAGCCCCAGGUCCAGUCCAGGGACCCCCGUCCCCCGGAUCCGGGAAGCUCAGAGUCCCAGGUCCAGUUCUAGCCCAGGGACCCCCGGAUCCGCGGAGCCCAGAGCCUCAGGUCCAGGUCCAGCCCACAGACCCCCGUCCCCCGGAUCCGGGGAGCUCAGAGUCCCAGUUCCAGCCCAGAGAUCCCCGUCCCCCGGAUCUGGGGAGCCCAGAAUCUCAGGGCCAGGUCCAGCCCAGAGAGCCCUAUCCCCCGGAUCCGGGAAGCUCAGAGUCCCGGGUCCAGCUCAGAGCCCCAGCCCCAGGUCCAGCCCAGAGACCCCCUUCCCCUGGAUCCAGGAAGCUCAGAGUCCCAGGUCCAGGUCCAGCCCAGAGACCCCCAUCCCCCGGAACCUGGGAGCCCAGAGCCUCAGUUCCAGGUCCAGCCCACAGACCCCCUUCCCCCGGAUCUGGGGAGCCCAGAGUCCCAGGUCCAGGUGCAACCCAGAGACCCCCAUCCCCCGGAUCCGGGAGCCAAGAGCCUCAGGUUCAGGUCCAGCCCACAGAUUCCCGUCCCCCAGAUCCGGGAAGCUCAGAGCACAAGCCCCAGGUCCAGCCCAGAGACCCCUGUCUCCCGGAUCCGGGAAGCUCAGAGUCCCAGGUCCAGGUCCAGCCCAGAGACCCCUGUCCCCUGGAACCAGGGAGCCCAGAGCCUCAGGUUCAGGCAGGCUCAGCCCAGAGACCCCUGUCCCCAGAUCUGAGAAGCCCAGAGUCCCAGGUCCAGGUCCAGGUCCAGCCCAGAGACCCCUGACCCUGGAUCCGGGGAGCCCAGAGCCUCAGGGCCAGCCCCAGCCCAGAGACUUCCAACCCCCAGAUCCGGGGAGCUCAGAGACUCAGGUCCAGGUUCAGCCCAAAGACCACUGUCCCCAGAUUUGGGAAGCCCAGAGUCCCAUGUCUAGGUCCAGGUCCAGCCUAGAGACCUCCAUCCCCGUAUCCAAGGAACCCAGAGUCCCAGGACCAGGUCCAACCCAGAGACCACUGUCCCCCACAUCCAGGGAGUCCAGAGCCUCAGGUCCAGGUCCAAGUCCAGCCCCAGUCCAGAAAUCGCCAUCUCCCAGAUCCCGGGAGCCCAGAGUCCCAGAUUCAGCCCAGAGACCUCCGCCCCCCUCGGAUCCUGGGAGCUCAGAGACACAGCCUUACCCCAGAGACCCCGUCCCCAGGAUCCAGGGAGCCCAGAGCCCCAGGUCCAGGUCCAGCCCAGAGCCCCCAACCCCGUGCCUCCAGCCUCCGGCUCCAGGCGGAGCAAAGAACCACCAGUUCCUGCCUGUCCCUGCUGUUCCCAACACUUGCUCCCAGAACCAGAGCCAGAGGUUGAUCAAAAAGCAGUCACAAGGCUCUUCUUUGAGAAAUACACACUUUGGAGAAACAGAAACUGGGGUUGCCAGUCAGAUGCUGAUACCUUGGCAGGGGGACGUGGUUAAAUUUGAUACCCCUGGCCACAAGGGAGGACUGUUCCGGAGGUUUUGUGAUUGGCAAGGGGCUCUGAAGCUUUCUGUGUCAGAAAUUGAGUUGUUUCAGCCGUAUUGUCACUCCACAAGCCACGGAACCGGCUUGGCCAAGUCUCUUUCCAUGGAUUGCUUUCAGGUUGAUCCUAGCUGUUCUUUCAUGUUCUCUCAUCUUGUUGUGAGGUCUAAGAAUGUUCAUACCAGCCCUGCAAAUACAUUCAAGUCAUUUAUGAACCUUCCCCCCACCCCCACCAAAGUACCUGAGCAGUGGUUUGGCUGCAUGACUCCUGUCAAAGUCAGGGGCAUUCGUGCCUCUUCAACCUUACACCAAUCUGAUAAAGUUCAGAUUAGUCAACAGAGGGAUAUGGUGCUUACACUAGAUACUGCCACUUUCCAGAUUCAGCUACGCAAGAGUUGGCUAAACCAAACUUUUUGCUAG